CCCGGGAAUCCUUUACCUGUUCGCCAAACAUUGCCACCACGGACGAGAAAGGGAGAUUCGUUCGAGACUUCUAGAGAGAGAAAGCAUACAAACGCACAGAAGAUAGAGAGAGAGAGAGAAGAUAAGCAUCAAUUCUAGGGUUUCGGUCGAGAUCUGUGAUUGAUUUCGAUUUCCAUUUCAAGGUUAAUCGGUGCAAAUCGUUAACGAUUUCGAUCCAAAAAUCGACUACCGAUUUCGAGAUUCGUUUAGGGUUUUUGUGAGAAACUGCACUGAACUGAAAACGAUGAACGAUCAGCCUCAGAUAAUAAACCAACCACCACCACCACCGCAGCAAAUGAUGGCGCAGGGUCCGAUGCUCAGCAAGGCUCCCCCUCAGGUAAUGAUAAAUGCCCCUCCUCCUCCUCCUCAGAUGAUGGCUGUGUCGCAGCCCCAGAUGCUGGGCCAGUCUCAGUUGAUCGGCCAGUCUCAGAUGAUUGGCCAGGCUCCGAUGUUCAGUCAGUCGCAGCCUGUGAUGAAUCGGAAUUACAAGCCCUGGCAGCAGUCGGGUUUGGACCCCAAGGCUAACAACCCCAACAAGAAGUUCCACAGCUCGAAGCCCGGGUUCAGUCGGGGCAAUUGGAAGGGCAAGAAGCCCAAUGAUAUGCUGCGCAAUGAUUCAAGGAUGGCCCCUAACCAGUUGCUUAACCCCAGCAUCGGUGGUGCUGCUGGCGCCAGCGGAGGCUACCAGCCCCCGACCCUCAAUGAGCUGCAGUCUCAGAACCGGCUUAAAGCCCGCAAGUUUUACCCGAAGAAGAAGUUCAACAAUAGGUUCGCGCCCUAUGCUCCCAGGAACACGACCUCGUUUAUUAUGCGGGCGAAAAAGUCUGGUGGAAUUACUUCGCUGGUGUCUCCGUGCCCGGUCACACCAACUGUGCUCCCCACCCCAAUAUUCUCUCCCUCGAGGGAGGUCCUCGUAGACAUGGCCAAGGAGGAGUGGGGUGUUGAUGGGUAUGGGUCGAUGAAAGGCCUGAUUAGGCUUCGCAAUGAGGUAGACAACAGGGAGAAUGAUGACGAAGAGGUCGACGACUAUGAGAACGAAGAUGAUAAUGGAUCUAGUGAGAGUGAUGUGGAGGAGGAGAAGAACAAUGUGUUGAGCAGGUUGGAUCAUGAGAUGAGCCGGUUUGAGAUGGUUUAUCCCAGUUAUGGAGUGGGUUACAACAACAAUUUAGAGAAUAGGGUUGAUGAUCAGGAUACCCAUAUUGCACAGCUGGAGGAGGAGAACUUGACAUUGAAGGAGAGGCUGUUCCUGAUGGAGAGAGAGCUCGGUGACUUGAGGAGGAGGUUGCUGUUGUUGGAGAGGCAGAAUCGGCAGGGUGAGGAUGCUAAUGAGGAGGUCGUGGAGAAUGGUUCUGAAAAUGAGAGUGAGGGAGGAUCAGAUGUUCGCGGUUUGGGAGGCGAUAGCAAGGAGGCAGUCAUGGAAUAUGUAGAUGCAAACACAGCUGCGCAUUUCUGUGAAGGUGGCAUUGCAGAGGAUGAUAGCAAUGGUAUUGACGCAGAGAAUAAAGGUAAAGCUGAUGCUUGUAUGGUAGACUUUGCAGCAAAUGAAGCUGGACUAGGGGCUAUAGCUAAGGAACAUGAUGCAGGGAAUGAGAAGGUGCACUGCGAUGUAAGUGAAGAGACGAAUGAUGUGAGUAAUGAGAAAGCGCAGGAUGUGUCAGCAGUAAACGAAAUUGAUGUGCAGGACUGCAGAGAAGAAGGUGCUGGAAAGUUACAUUAGGAGAAGAGCAUUGGCGAUGGAGACGAAUGUUAUGUCCCUCGUUCUUUAUGAAGACUUGUUCCCCUAUUCUAUCUGGUCAGGAAGUGGUAUCCAGGAUCGAGCAAGUGGUGCUUUGCCCAUCUGCUCAAUCUUCAAGGAGAGAUUUCCAGAUAAGUCUCUACCAGGAAAUUUUGAUUUCCAGAUGAGUCUCUACCAGGAAAUGCAAUAAUGCGAGUCUUUUACAUGUAUAAUCGGAUGGUAAAUUGCCUCUGUGAGAUGUUUCUUUGGUCAAAUAAGUCGGUAGUCUGCCAUGCUGUCUUUUCUGUGAUCUUGUUGUGAUAACGAAUAAAUGAAGCGAUAAAACUCAUUUUUUGUGGGUUGAGGGGAAAAUUAAAACAUCUUUUCCUCUGAAAUGUAUGAGCGGGAAAGAUUAUCCAACAGAAUAUUAUGGAAGCAGUCUGUCUCCUUUUAGGACUGGGCAUGUGUUUAUUUUAGUAAGCAAGAGGCCAUUUUUUCUCAAAGGGAUUGACUUAUUUAUCUGCUGGGAACUAUGUAAAUGUUUGUAGAUAAAGGACCAGAAAAGUUGUUACCUGUGAAAAAUUCCCUCGGGUGGACGCUUCGUGUCAACUGCUGCAGAUGUAUACACUUAAAAUCUUUGCUCGCUGGAAGUAGCUUUGGAGAUGAGAUGAAACUCAAUCGGAAGGGGAUUGAGUUGAGCAUAUGAAGUCCGUGAGGGAGAGUGAUGAGACUGACAGAGAUAUGGCUUGCCUGUGGCUGGAGGAUAUUUCUAUUAUUGAAUGAUUAAUGAUUAUUUCUUGUUUAUCAGCUUUGAUGUUCGACGAUGUAUCUUGAAUAACUUUGCGAAUUAUGCUAUGUUUCAAAGAGUUAUGCUGCGUUUGGUUUCAAA